UGUGUGUAUGUGUGUUUCUGUUUGUGUUGGAAGCGCGCGCGUGUCAACCGAGCAAAGCGAAAGUAAGCGCGCGUGCGCUGCUCGCUAUAUAAACGGGGAGAGAGACACUGAGAGAGAAGGAUACUGACAGAGAGACACUGAGAGAGAGAGAGAGAGAGAGAGAGAGAGAGAGAGAGAGACUGACAGAGACCCUGAGAGAGACACUGAGAGAGAAGGAUACUGACAGAGAGACACUGAGAGAGAAGGAGAGAGAGAGAGAGAGACUGACAGAGACCCUGAGAGAGACACUGAGAGCUCCAGAGUCUUACUCUCCCAGCAUUUCUUUCUUUUCAUAGCCUUUAACAACAGGUUCUUCAUCAUGGGCAACUUUUUUUCCACCAUCUUAUCUCGGCUCAUUGAGAAGAGGCCAGUCAGAUUACUGAUGGUUGGUCUGGAUGCAGCCGGAAAGACUACUGUCCUCUACAAACUCAAACUGGGUGAAGUCGUCACAACGAUUCCAACCCUUGGCUUUAACGUUGAGACGGUUGACUACAAGAACAUUUCUUUCACCGUGUGGGACGUGGGAGGACAGGACGUCAUCAGACGGCUCUGGAGACACUACUUUCAGAACACCAUGGGCCUCAUCUUUGUGGUGGACAGCAGUGAUCGUGAGCGCAUCCUGGAAGCUGCUCUGGAGCUGCAGAAGAUGCUUGAGGAAGAUGCGCUGAGGGACGCCGCUGUGUUGGUUCUUGCUAACAAACAGGAUUUACCCAACGCGAUGCCGGUCCACGAGAUGACUGAGAAACUCGGAUUGCACGCCAUGAAGGGAAGACCUUGGUACGUCCAGUCGACUUGCGCGAUAAAUGGAACAGGUUUAUAUGAAGGACUGGACUGGAUGACUCUUCAGAUCUCCAAACGAUAAAAUUUACACUAAACGAAAAUGACACUGUUUAUAUCCUUAUGCAGAAGUAUGUACUGUGUAUAUCUGAGGGGACUGACUGUAUCAUGAGCACUUUAAGAGGUUAAUAUUUUUGUAAAUAUCAGACACUAUGUAGUUACUUUUAUUUUUUGAGCUUUGCUUACUGUGCCUUUAAAUUGAUAUUAGUUUAAUUAAAUGUAACAUGCCUGUCUAUAAUAUGUUUCUAUGACUGCAAAACAUUAAAAAAAAAUUAUUUUAAAUUUGUGGUUGAAGUUUCUGUCAGCUUGCUCUGCUCAGCUAGAAUGUCUUUUCUACUUGUUAGUAUUAGCAUCCAUGUCCUUUUAUUCUUUUCUUUCCCUUCCAUACACUUUGAGCUAGACUAUUUGCUUAACAAAGCCCUGUCUAGUGUCAUGGAUACACCAUGGCCAUGUAAAACUCCACUUCCUGGGUUCUGUCUUUCUGGUACAAAGUCCUUUUGUCUUUCACAACUGUCUCAACUUGGUUUGACAUCUCACAACACUCAAAACAAUGUCAUUCCAAGAUCUGCUCUGAGGAAAUGUGGAUGAGAAGACCUUGGAUUAUGCAAAUCCAGUCUGAUUUUCAGGCAAUGAUCUUUGAUAAUCUGUGCUGACACUGGAGACUCCUUCCAGAAAUCCUAAAUAAACAGCUUCUCAGAGAACACGUCACCAUAUCAAUGAUGUAUUUUUCUCAUCUGUUUAUGCUGAACGCCAUACAAGUUACCACAGAAAUUAUACUGUAUUAGAACGAGUCUCCUGUUAUUGAUUCUGACCAAUCAGAAGCAAGAAUUGUACA